GCCACAUCAACAGGGUUGAAAAUAGUCGUUACUGGCUGUAUACUGAAACAAUCUUAAUAUUUUUCUUAUUACACAAUUUUGGGGUUGUGUAAAUUGAAAAUGCUCGGCCGCUCCGUGUCCCUUGCUACCGUUCUGCUUGCCCUGAGCGGCAGCUUCGCGGACGCUCAUGGGUCUCACUCGAGUGAGCAGAAUCAUUCUUCGGACUGGGCUACUCGGCACAUGCAAGAGGAGCACCACAUUGAUUCCUUUGAUCCUGCAUCCUUCUUUACUUUCCACGACUAUGAUAACUCAGGGGUAUGGACAGCCGAUGAGGUACGGAAGACAUAUGGUCUCGAUGAUGAGUCAAAUGCAGGUGUGAGCGAAGAGCGCAAGCAACAGGCUGUCCGGGAAGUAUUCGGGCUUUUUGACCCUGGGAACACUGGAUUCGUUACUCGAGAUAAUUGGAUGCGCCUAAUUGCCGAGGGCAAGCGUCUGCCUGAUUUCGGAUUUGGACCUGGCCACCAUGGCGACAUCGAAUAUGAAUAUGAAAUUCAUCAUUUCGAGAAAUAUCAUGGAGAUGAUGCCAAGGAGGAAGACCUCACUCAUCCAGAAGAUAUCGAGCAUUUCCGGAGGCAUGACGAGGAAGACGACGCUGCCUAUCGACUUGAACAGCUUGAGAGGAUGCAGAUCGUGGAAAAGAAUAUACCACAGAAGUUCCUCAAACGAAUUUAGAGCGUGUAUAUGUAAUGCUUUAUGCCAUUCUGUACAUAUAAUGUUCGAAAUGUCUACCAACCAUUUACCAGUUCAGGCGCUUUAGAGUAGCCUACCCUCUUUGACCUCUCUUAUGUUUGUU